AUGUCUGAUGUCACUGUUGACUGGAUCGAUAAACACCAGCUGGAGCGUUUAGAUGAGAUGAUGAUUGUUGUUGAUGAAAACGAUAAGGUCAUUGGUGCAGACACUAAGAGGAACUGCCAUCAGAAUAAAAACAUUGAGAAAGGGCUGCUGCACCGAGCCUUCAGUGUUGCUUUGUUCAACUCAGAGAAGAAAGUUCUGAUUCAGCGCCGAGCAGACACGAAGCUUACCUUCCCUGGGUACUAUACCGAUUCCUGUUGUAGUCAUCCACUGAGUAAUCCUGAAGAAAUGGAGGAGAAAGACGCCUUGGGAGUGAAGAAGGCAGCCCUGAGACGGCUGCAGGCUGAGCUGGGCAUCCCCCAGGACCAGGUACCCAUGUCUGUGCCCCCUGGCCUCAGCUCACCUGGGGCUGUGAGAAAGACGUGGUGGGGCUUGGGGAAUUCAAUAUCUAAGCUAGGUCAAGUCUACUGAGGAAUAUGGCUUUUGGGAAAACCCUGAGGUUUCCCAAAAUAUGCACUGAAAAGAAUGUCUAGGAUUGGCUGUGCACAUCCCUUCAUUUAUCCACUGGAGCAGGGGCUUGAGAGGGGAUAGAUAUUUUCCACAGAAAACUGCUGAGCUUGCAUGGUGAUCUCUGAAAUAAGGGGUGGAAUAGUUUCUUCUUUAAAGGAUACAGGCCAUUUCAAUGGGUCUAAGUAAGAUUUAGUUAUCUAAAUUAAGGUAUAGGAAAAUAUUAGCCAACACUCUCAACAGCAA